UUGCCUUGUGCCUCUCAUCAGGUCUCUUCUAUGGGCGACAGGGAAACAAGCAAUCACUCAGAUAUGAAUGACUUCAUCCUUGUAGGCUUCAGGGUCAGCCCUGAGCUCCAUAUCCUCCUCUUCCUGUUCUUUCUGCUUGUCUAUGCCAUGAUCCUUCUAGGAAACCUUGGGAUGAUGGCCAUCAUUAUGAUUGAUCCCAGGCUGAACACACCAAUGUAUUUCUUCCUAGGCAACCUCUCCUUUAUUGACCUCUUCUAUUCAUCUGUUAUUGCACCGAAGGCUAUGAGCAACUUUUGGACUGAGAGCAAGUCCAUCUCGUUUGCAGGCUGUGUGGCCCAGAUCUUUCUUUUUGCACUCUUCAUUGUGACUGAAGGAUUUCUCUUGGCAGCCAUGGCUUAUGACCGUUUCAUUGCCAUCUGCAACCCACUCCUGUAUUCUGUUCACAUGUCCACACGUCUCUGUACUCAGUUGGUGGCAGGCUCUUAUUUUUGUGGCUGCAUCAGCUCUGUUCUCCAGACCAGCAUGACAUUUACUUUAUCCUUUUGUGCUUCUCGAGCCAUUGACCACUUUUACUGUGAUAGUCGCCCACUUCAGAGACUCUCCUGUUCUGAUCUUUUCAUACACAAAAUAGUAUCUUUUUCCUUAUCCAGCAUCAUUAUCUUACCG